GGGCUAGCUGACAAAUCCAGGAUGAAGCUCCUUUUCGUGGCUGCCUUUGCCCUCGUGGUGCUAUCGACGUUGGACCGGGCCGACUCCUCGGCUUAUGACAAAAUAGUCGCCCACAGUCGCAUCAGGGCGAGAAAAGAGGGACCCAAUGUCUGCGCUCUCCAGCAAGUCAUGGGCACCAAGAAGAAGUACUUCAGCACUUGUCGUAAUUGGUACCGAGGGGCCAUCUGUGGAAAGAAAGCGAUAGUGCUUUACGAGUGUUGCCCUGGGUACAUGAAGAUGGAGGGCUCGCGUGGUUGCCCUGCAGUGGCUCCUAUUGACCAUGUGUAUGGCACCUUGGGUCUGGUGAAGGCCAGCUCCACCCAGAAUUACGCCGAUAUUUCGAAGCUGAGGCCCGAGAUCGAGGGACCUGGGUCUUUCACCCUCUUUUCCCCGAGCAACGACGCCUGGGAGGCAUUGGAUGAGGCGGUGAGGGGUGCACUGGUCAGCAACGUCAACAUUGAGCUGUACAACGCGCUGCAUUACCACAUGGUCAACAAACGCCUCCUAACCAAAGAUCUAAGGAACGGAUUGACUGUCCCCUCCAUGUACAAUGACCUCGGUCUCCUUAUUAACCAUUACUCCAAUGGGAUAGUGACGGUGAACUGCGCCAGGCUUAUCUACGCCAACCAGGUCGCCACCAACGGAGUCGUGCACGUCAUCGACCGUGUGAUCAGCGCCGUCGGAAACACCAUUCAGGACGUGAUCGAGGUUGAUGACGAGCUGACAACUCUGAGCGAUGUGGCUCAUAGCGCCGGCAUGCUGGAGAAGCUGGGCCAGCCAGGACAUUACACUCUCUUUGCCCCGACCAACGAAGCCUUCGCGAGCCUCGGCACCGACGUGCUGGAGAGACUUCAGAGCGACAAGCCGGCCAUCCAAGCUCUUCUGAGCUUCCACCUGCUGGACUCCGUGCAGUGCUCUGAGGGCAUCAUGGCCGGCAGCUCCUACGAGACUCUGGAGGGCAACAGCAUCGAGAUCGGAUGUGACGGUGAAAGUCUGACUGUCAACGGCAUCAAGAUGGUGCUCAAGAAGGACAUCGUCACCACCAACGGUGUCAUCCACCUCAUCGACAAAGUGCUCAUGCCAGACUCAGCCAAGCAGGUGAUGGAACUGGUGGGAAGUUCCCAGUCGACCUUCGGGGAUAUGGUGUCAGAGCUGGGCCUUUCCGCCGCCAUGAGACCUGAGGCAGAGUACACGCUGCUGGCUCCUCUCAACGCCGCCUUCACUGAUGAAGUGAUGUUCAUGGAUCAGAGUGAUCUCAAGGUCAUUCUGGAGAGUCACAUCCUGAAGCAGAAGAUCGGUCUGGGACAGCUGUACAACGGCCAGCGGCUGGAGACCAUCGGGGGGAAGUUCCUGCGAGUCUUCAUCUAUCGCACGGCUGUGUGCAUUGAGAAUUCCUGUCUGAUCAGGGGAAGCAAGGAAGGAAGCAACGGGGCCCUUCAUCUCAUGAGGAUUUUUUUGAAGCCGGCGCAAAAAUCCAUGUUUGAGAUUCUGACAGAAAAAGGAGGGUUCAGGAUCUUCUUGUCUCUCAUGGAAACUGCUGGUUUGACCGACCUGCUGCAUCAGGAGGGAGACUUCACUCUGUUCGCCCCGAGCGAUCAGGCCUUCGCUAGUCUGAGCGAGCGGGACAUGUCCAUGUUGAAAGAGGACGUGAACGCUCUGAGAACCAUCCUGCUGUACCACUUCAGCAACGGCGUGUUCAUCGGCGGCGGUUUGGAGACCGGGGUGACGAACCUGCUCAAGUCUCUGCAGGGCAGCAACCUCAGAUUGAUGUUUGCAAACAGCAGCAUUCUCGUGAAUUCUGUCCAAGUCCCCGAGUCUGAUGUCAUGGCUACAAACGGAGUCGUUCACUUCGUCAACCAAGUUUUGUAUCCCGGAGAUAUCCCAGUUGGAAGCCAGGAUUUCAUGAUGCUGUUGAAGAGGCUCAUCACCUACAUGCAAAUCAGGUACAUUUCCGGAUACAAAUAUCAGGAGAUUCCCCUCACAUUCAUGAAGAGGAUCGUCACUCGCGUCAUCCAGGAAGUUCCCCAGGUGACCAAAGUGACGCGGGUCAUCGAAGGCCAGCCCUCCAUCACCAAGGUCACCAGGGUCAUCGAAGGUCAGCCCUCCGUCACCAAGGUCACCAGGGUCAUCGAAGGCCAGGCCACCAGCACCAAGGUCACCAGGGUCAUCGAAGGCCAGCCCUCCAUCACCAAGGUCACCAGGGUCAUCGGAGGCCCUGAGUACUCAGCCAGCAGUGGAACCACCAACAUCGCACUAGAAGGCGACUUCUCAGAAUUCGACAGCGAAAAACUUACCGAAAUCAUCCAAGCAGGUGGUUCACGAAGAACUGGCGGCAGAGUUAUAGCUGGCAACAGGAGGAGAGGACGGGACUGA